CCGCCGCAGCACCCGGAGCGGUGAAGCCCCGCCGCGCCGCAGGAACUGAUCCAGCCCAGGUGGGCAGCGCAGCCGGGGGCCGUGCCCAGCGCCAGAGACUGAGGCAGGGUCUGGAGCCCCCCCACCCCCCCCACCCCGACGGCGGCAGCUUGAUCCUCUGCCGGGGGGGCCCCCCUGCGUCGUUUUCUCCUCCCCGCAUCCCCCUUUGCUUUCAUGCAACGCCUGGUGGCCUGGGACGCAGCAUGCCUCCCCAUCCAGCCGCCCGCCUUUAAAUCCAUGGAAGUGGCUAAUUUCUAUUACGAGGCGGACUGUCUGGCUGCUCUCAACAAGCUGCACCCGCGGGCGGCCGGGGGCCGCUCCAUGACCGAGCUCACCGUAGGGGACCACGAGAGAGCCAUCGACUUCAGCCCCUACCUGGACCCCUUAGCAUCCCAGCAGCCGGCGCAGCCGCCUCCUCCCGCAGCAGCAGCAGGGGGCAACUUUGAGCCUCCCUGCAGCAGCGGCGGUGGCCAAGAUUUCCUUUCCGAUCUCUUCGCCGAGGACUAUAAAGGCAGCGGCGGGAGCAAGAAGCCCGACUACACCUACAUCAGCCUCGCCCGGCACAGCCACCCCUGCGCCAGCCAGAGCCACAAGCCGGGAGGGCUGCCGGGCUGCUUCCCGCCCCAGAUCGUGGAAACCAAAGUGGAGCCGGUCUUCGAGACCCUGGACUCUUGCAAAGGGCCCCGUAAGGAAGAAGGGGGAGCCGGGCCGGGACCGGGGGGCAUGUCCUCACCCUACGGCAGCACCGUGCGCUCCUACCUGGGUUACCAGUCGGUGCCGAGCGGCAGCAGCGGGAACCUGUCCACCUCGUCCUCCUCCAGCCCCCCGGCACCCCCAACCCCUCCGAGUCCUCCAAGUCCGCCGCCGCCGGCGGGGGCUACUCCGCGCCCCCGGCGCAAGAACAAGCCCAAGAAGUGCGUGGACAAGCACAGCGACGAGUACAAGCUCCGCCGGGAGAGGAACAACAUCGCGGUGCGCAAGAGCCGCGACAAAGCGAAAAUGCGCAACCUGGAGACGCAGCACAAAGUCUUGGAACUGACGGCCGAGAACGAGCGGCUGCAGAAGAAGGUGGAGCAGCUCUCCCGGGAGCUGAGCACCCUCAGGAACUUGUUCAAACAGCUGCCCGAGCCCCUGCUCGCCUCCUCGCCUCGCUGCUGACCCCCGGCCGGGCCGCGGGGCGAGCGGAGCCGCCAGCUCCCUGCCCUGCUCAGCGCUGCUCCCGGGCCGGGGCGAGGGGAGAGCCCGGGGGGCGGGUGGGUUGGUUGGUUGAAUUUUUGUUUUGUUUUGUUUUGUCUUUAUUUACGUGUUGGCGGAAGGCCCCCGCCGCCGCGCGGGACCUCACCGGGGGCCGGGGGCUGUCAGCGGGGCGGCGCGGCGC